AUGACUUCGAGGAAAGUGAUAUUAGUUGCAUUAAGCGGAUGUUCUUCCAGUGGUAAGACAACGAUAGCAAAACUUACAGCAAACUUAUUCAAAAAGGCUACAUUAAUUCACGAAGACGAUUUUUACAAACAUGACGAGGACGUCCCAGUAGAUGCUGAGUAUAACAUUCAAAAUUGGGAUUCACCGGAGGCUCUAGAUUUUGAACUUUUCAGCAAAGAACUAGAUGUAAUCAAACAAACUGGUAAAAUAGCCACUAAACUUAUACACAAUAACAACGUAGAUGAUCCCUUCACGAAGUUUCACAUUGAUAAACAAGUUUGGGAUGAUUUGAAAGCCAAAUAUGAGUCAAUUGAUAAAGACAAGUAUGAAGUUAUUAUUGUAGAUGGUUUUAUGAUUUUCAAUAAUACAGAGUUAUCGAAAAAAUUUGAUUUAAAAAUAUUGAUGCGUGCCCCUUAUGAAGUACUCAAGAAAAGGAGGGCUUCCAGAAAAGGAUACCAAACUUUGGAUUCUUUCUGGGUGGAUCCACCUUAUUAUUUUGACAAAUUUGUAUAUGAAUCUUAUCGUGAGAACCAUGCUCAUUUAUUUGUCAAUGGAGAUGUGGAAGGCUCACUGGAUCCAAGGAAAUCAAACCAUAUUAAAGAAUUCAUAAAUGAUGAUGAUACUCAAAUUGAAAUACCUUUAAUGUGGGUGUGCCAAGAAAUUCUGAAGCUUUGUAAGAGCUAA